AUGGCUGAGUAUCAGGCGAUCAAGUGCGUGGCGGUGGGCGACGGUGCGGUGGGCAAGACGUGCCUGCUCAUCUCCUACACGACCAACGCCUUCCCGGGCGAGUACGUGCCCACGAUUUUCGACAAUUACUCGGCCAACGUGUUCUACAACAAUCGCAAGGUCAUCAAUCUCGGCCUCUGGGACACGGCCGGCCAGGAGGAGUACGACCGCCUGCGCCCGCUGUCCUAUCCGCACACCGACGUCUUCAUGCUCUGCUACUCGGCCGUCAAUCCCGUGUCGCUGGCCAACAUCAAGCAAAAGUGGCUGCCCGAGGUGCGCCACCACUGCCCCGAGGCGCCCAUCCUACUCGUCGCCACCAAGAGCGACCUGCGCGACGACCACCGCGUGGUGGCCGAGCUGCGGGCCAAGCUGCCGCCGGGCGUCGAGCCGUGCGUGGCCACCGAGCAGGGCCGCAAGCUGGCCGACGAGAUCGGGGCCGCCGCGUUCGUCGAGUGCUCGGCCCGAACGCAGGACAACCUCACCCUCGUCUUCAACGAGGCCAUCCGCGUCGCCCUCGAGCCGCCGCCUGCCAAGAAGAAGAGCGGCAAGCGCGAGAAGAAGUGCUCCCUCUUCUAG